CUAUGUAUUGUUUGUAAACAACAUAACCUAAAUUAUCGUAAAAUGCGCUAUCUGUAAUGCGUAUUUAAGAUAGUAGAAGUAAAUACAGAGUUUCAUAGAUGUAUGUAGAAUUUUGCUAUACUUUUAAUGGAUGAAGUUCUUUAGUUUAAGAUAAAUAGCACUGAGGAUCACUACAAUUAUGUGGGCACUCCCCACUGUCGGCACCAAGAGCAGGCAAGCUCAACCUGAGGGGAAGCACGACAGCAGAGAUAUGAGCUGGUGAGAAACUAUGUAUAGUUAAAAAAUGCUUGUUAUGAAGAGGGUGAAGAAAUCUCAGAAACGAUGUCCAAGCCAAUCCGAAAGCAGUUUCUUGCAUCAAAAUAAAACAUUGCCUUGAUAUUAAGAGUAAUGCAUUUCUGGGAUUUCCAUUGUUUAUCUGAUAAAAAGAAAGAUUCAGUUGGGUGACAUGGAUGGAGAAGAGUUUAUUAUUUAUGAUUACGAUGAAAACACGAUCAAGAAAGAGGUUGAAGAGAUUGAAGAUCCUCUGUCCGUGGAGGAGGUGCCAGUGCAUGAUCCACUAGACCCUGAAACUCACGGUCAAGAAGAAUCAGAUGUAGCAAUCAAGGAGGAAGCGAUUACAUCAUGGAAUAGAAAAAAUGAAGUUGAAAAUGAGGGUCAUCAAGAAUUAAUAAAAAGUGUCUAUCACCCAGACGAUGCUCUUGACAGUCGAGAAGCUGCAUCUCCGCUUCCUUAUCCUGAUGAACAGAAUAGAACAAAAGAAGUUGAAAAUGACGGACAUCAAGAAUUAAUAACAAGUGACUAUCACCCAGAUGAAGCUCUUGAUAGUCGUGAAGCCACAUCUCCUCCUCCUUAUCUUGAUGACCAGAAGAGAACAAAUGGAGUGGAUAAUGAGGAACAUCAAGAAUUAAUAACCAGUGACCAUCAUCUGGACGAUGUCCCCGUUAGUCGUGAAGUCGAAUCUCCUCCUUCAUAUUAUGAUGACCAGAGCAGAGAUAAUGGAGUUGAAAGUGAGAAUGAUCAAGAGGUCAACAGUGACCAUCAUCCAGACAAUGAUCCAGUUAGUUGUGAAGCCCCCUUCUCUCCCUCGCCUCGUGAGGGUCAGGAAAGACCGAAACAUGAACCUUCACGUGAGUCCCCGAUGGCACCGUUCAUAUCAAAUCGCAUGCAGUCGCCACUGACACCACCGAAAUCUCCACGAUCAUCUGCAUUCGAUGCUGUUGCUCGGAGUGGCGCCGGUGAAGCCGGGGGCUCGCCGGAACCAUCGGUCUCCAACCUGCCGAUCGACCAGCCAACGUCUGCAGACUUCAACUCACCUGAAAUAAUCUGUGUAGACAGUGAUUCCGAAAAUGAACAAAGGGAUUCACAACAAUGUACAUCAUCAAACAGCAACUCAGAAUGGUCCACGAAUGUUCAAGUCUCCGAUAUUUCAGGUACUAAUGUUAAACCUGAUAAUAAUAGAGAAGAACCUGGCACAAAAAAUGAAGUUUCAGUAAUUAAAAAGGCAGUCAAGAAGCUCAGGACAAGAAAGAAAAAACAAGCAAAACGUGAAACCUCAUCUUCAAUCCUGCCAGUACCACCUGCAGACGUACCAGUACCACCUGCAGAGGCACCAGUAAACAAUCAGUCUGUGAAAGUGUCGAGGAAGCGUUCUGCCCAGCAACGGCAGCAACCCUCGACUACAUUGCCAACGUACUUGCAGGUCACGGCAUCAAGACAACCUAACGAGCAGGAUUCACUUCGGAAACAGACACCACUGCAGCAGCUUCUGUCAGUGAGGUACUCUCCGCUCCUCGGUCAGCAACAACCCUUCGUGCCAAGUCGAAGUCCACAGUUCGUAAGUCAGCAGCAACCUGGUACUUCAGUGCAGUUUCCACAGCUUCUGACUCAGAAGCCUGCUACUUCAACGCUGGGUUCGCAGCUUCCAAGUCAGCCACCUGUUACUUCAGUGCUGGGUUCACAGCUUCCAAGUCAGAAGCCUGUUACUUCAGUGCGGGGUUCGCAGCUUCCAAGUCAGCCACCCGUUACUUCAGUGCUGGGUUCACAGCUUCCAAGUCAGCCACCUAUUGUUAUUUCAGUGCUGGAUCCACAGUUUCAGAAUCAGCAGUCUCUUGCACCGGUCAAUCUGUUCGAGCCAUCCGAAAACAACACUGCCGAACAGUCUGCAGCAACGCCACCGCUUCGAUACAGUUUUUCCUGGACCUCAAAUGCAAAGAAGCCCAAGCUAACCGCUGUGAAGGACUCUCAGUCGGAGGAUGCGCGGGCCACUGCCAGCCCUCAGACUGCUGCUAGCAUGGGAAGCGUGACCACCGAGAGUCAGCUGGUGGCUCUCAAGCACAAAAUGGAAGUACAGGAACUGAAGCUGCGACUGCGCAACGCCAAAGUCAGAGCAGAGUUGGAGGAAGCUGAAAUGAAGUUGAGGAUGGAAUCAAGCAUGCAGGAACUAGCAAACAAGAAGUUAAAACACGAUAUCCUCGCAGCAAAAUUACACUUUUACUCCAAGUUGUGUGCUGCUGAGAAACUGUAACUCCGUAGACUUUUGCCAGCCAUUUUCGAUAGUGAAUUUUAUAUAUAUUGUACAAAGGGUAUCAAUUAUAAAAUGCAGCAAAGUGAAAGAAAAAAAAAAUUUGUGUACAUCAUAAAAUAGCAUCAAAAAAGACGGUGAAAAAUCAGGGAUCAUCUUAAAGUGCAAGUUCUGUUGAUUGUUGUCAAAUGAGUAUUAAUUAUUAUUGACAUGAAAUUAACUUAGUUUUGAUACAAACAUUUUAAGUGAAUUCUAGUCUAUAAAUCAUGACAAUAUUUAAGAAAUUCUAUUAUUAACUUCCUUUCAAUUAUUAAGUGAAGAACUAGUGUUCAAGAUUUUGGUUAAGUUUUUUUUCAUUCCUAAGUAAGUUUUGAUGUCAAGAAUUUCCAUACAUUAGAAAUCUACAUCUAAAAUGUUUUGACUUUAUUUUUUUUAAAUUUUUACAUUUCUAGGCCUGUGCAAAUACUGAAAAUUGUAAAUAUUAAACAAAUAAUUUAUUA